GUCGACAAACGCUCUAGUGUCAAAUAAGAAACAGACAACAGUGACGAAAGAAUUAGAUGUAGAGAAUGAUCCUGAUGUAAGUAUUACUGUUUAAUUCAAAGUUCUGAAUUAGCUAAAUUAUAUACAUACAUAUUUUUAUAAAAAACAUAUGAGAUUAACAAUUAUUUAUCAAUAUUUAGAUAAGCUAUAAUCGUGAAGUUAAAGUAUUGAGUCAAAAACGUGAUAGUGUUUCAUAUGAUAUUAAACUAACAUUUAAAAAUACUAAACAAAAACCAAUGAAAUAUGAAUACAAGGAAAUUAUUUCAGACGUUAAAACUGUUAUUACACCAAAGGGUUAUAAUUCAUCGAAAAUUAAAAUUAUUCCAGAAGGUUUUAAAAUUGAUGAAGAUGAUCCAUUACAAGAAAAUGGACAAGAACGAAUCUAUGAAUACGAAGUUCUUUUCGAAUAUAGAGAUCCAAAUAAAGACGAUGAAUAA